GUUUAUUUGAAAUAGUAUAUUUGCAACUUUUAAUAACAGUGGUGUUCCCCAGAUAGCGCAACUUGUCGUUUCAAAUCAUUAUAAAAUAAAUGAAAAACAUAAACAAAUUAUUUAAUUUGAAUUUAGGGAAUAUAAUUACGUGUUCAUUGAACGUUAACGGAUAGAAGUUAACGUUCAAAUUUGCUAUAUAGAUUUUUGUUGAAAAUGUAAAUAGAGAGUGCGCAUGUCCUUAUAUGCGAUGCCAAAAGGUGAAUGGUGGCCACUACAGCAUGUACACAAAACACAACUACUCGUACGCGAAUAGAAAAGUGUUCACUUUUCAGUGAUGUAGCGAACGCGGCAAAAGAGGUUUGCGGUGUGUUUUUAGUGCUUCGCGUCCAAAUGUUGACUUAUAUAUGGCGUUUGGAAUAUUUCAAUUAAGUUUAGUGUUUACAAUAGGAUUAUACAUAGCCCUUGCAUCAGAUAUCGCCGGGGCCAUAGGCAUAAAUGAAAUUCCUCUUUCGUUAUCUUUAAAAGAUCCCGAAGAUGCAGUAAUAUCGCGAGAGCAAAAUGUAGUUUUAAAGUGUGAGGCAAAGUCCUCGGUGCCAGGGUUGUCAAUAUCAUGGUUUCACGAAAACACUCCACUGUUAGCUAACGAUACCAGAGUACAAAUUUCGGGCGACGGCUCUCUCAAUAUUUCGAAAACGUCUGCGAAGAAAAUGGAAGGAAGCUAUCGUUGCCUUGCCAGAAAUGAUGUUGGUGCGGUACUUUCAAAUCCUGCCCAAUUAAAAAUAGCCACAAUUGGUCGUGAAUUCAUCGAGCAGCCUGAUAAUGUGAACACCACCGAACAACAACCCGUCAUUUUUCCUUGUCAUAUAGACUCAACUCCCGAUGCAAUUAUUUAUUGGGAACGUGAUAAUAAAACGCUACCUCAAAAUGCAAGAUAUGUUCCUCUCCCUUCGGGAGCUUUAUUAAUUACAAGCACUCAUUCCAUAGAUACUGGUUUUUAUAGAUGCGUAGUAAAACAUAAAACACUUAAAAAGACUAAGCAAAGCAGAUGGGGGCAGCUGCUCGUGUCACCUCCUUCCGUAACAAGUUCACCUCCUCAAUUUCUACCUCUAAAUUUGUCACUCAAUAUAACUUCAAUUGUUGGAGAAAAUGUCACGUUACCUUGUGCCGUAAAUGGUUGGCCUAUCCCCGUUCUUAGAUGGGUUUACAAUAAGGAUAGCCUCAUCAGCAAUUCAAGCGUUUUACACUUGACAAAUGUUACUACAGAUUUAUCGGGAAAUUAUAGCUGCAUUGCUAACAAUGUUUUCGGCGAAGUUUCAAUGAAUUUCACACUCAACAUCUUUGAAAUUCCACAUUUUAAUGUCACUCCCAUGUCAAUGUCUUACCCUUCUGCAAGAAUGGUUCGUUUGGAGUGUAAGGUGAAUGGGGUUCCACCGCCGAAAGUCACUUGGCUAAAGAAUGGAGCUCCAUUAGAAUUAAUAGGCAGAAUUAAACAGCUAAAUACCACUCUGGUAUUGAGUCACUCGUUUAUGACUGACGCAGGUAUAUAUCAAUGUGUGGCAUCCAACAUUGCUGGCCAAAUUUGGAUGGCCGCUCGUUUAUUACCAUUAUUUUCCAACAGUCGACCACACCCUCCACAAAACGUAACUUGCCAACCUUUUGACGAUAACAGCGUCUGUUUAACUUGGAAUUCUCCAUCAAAUGUCACAAUCCAAGCAUACAGUAUAUAUUUAUUUAAUUCUGUGAAAGGAUACGAUUUUGUUACCAAUUACACAUACUAUCUUGCCAAUGGUCUUGAGAAGAAUUCUGAAUAUACCAUGUAUGUUCAAUCGUACUCCAAUGAUCCAAGCGAUCAGUCAAACAACGUUUCUUGUAAAACGGGUGUGCAAGGACAGCGAAAUUUGCAGGUAGAGUUUUUAAGUGAGAGUUCGGUACAGUUAAUCUGGUCUCACGUCAGCAACGAUUUUCUCUGUGGAACUAAGAAGAAUUUAUAUAAAGUACAGUGGAAAAAAUUUGAUCAAACAUACACGAAUGUUCUUUAUACAUCACACUUUCAGAAAACAAUAUCUCGUUUACAACCUUCUACCACUUACGAUUUUCGAGUGCAAUCCACCACCAAUAAAAACGAUAUGAGUCCUUGGGUGACCUACUCUCCAUUAACAAAUAGUUCUGAAGUAACUGUAAUGCCGACAUAUUCUCACGAGAUAUCAAGUACCGAAAAUCACACCUUUUCAUCCUUUGUGCCAAUUCAGGUGGAAGUCCACCCAAUAUCUCCUUACAGCGUUAACUUAACCUGGUCCGAUGGUGAUGAUAAUUUGUCUUACAUGGUGUAUUGUACAGAUGUUAAAGAAAAAAAUAAUCGCAUAAUGGAAAGUCAUUCUAAUUUUAUGGAGGUGACCAAUUUAAAACCAAAUACGCUCUACGCAUUUAAAGUUCAUGCACAAAAUGUCAAGGGGAUGUCUAGUUUUUCUCAGACUGUUGAAGUACAAACGCCUACGGAUGUUCCUUCUGCAGUUCAAAAUCUUAGAUAUAAGGUAAUAAACGCAACUGCAGCGUGUGUUACAUGGAAAUCUCCAAUGUUUAUGAACGGCAAACUUCUGAACUAUGUCGUGUCUUAUACUUCCAAUAAAAAUUUACCUUUCGAGAAAUGGCAUAAUAUAUAUAUUAAAGAGGAAGAUAUUUACAUCAACCAAUGUUGGUCUCUGAAACAAGACGAGAUAUCAAUUGUCUUAAAAAAUCUGAGUGUCGAUUUGCAGUAUACAUUAGUUGUGAGAGCAGUAAGUGAGACUGGUUCAGGGAAUCUGGCUGCUCCCAUUACCUUUUCAACAUAUUCGAAAACAAUUUUACUACCAAAUUCAGAAGAAGAAACUGUCUCAGGUGAAAUAGAUUAUAAACAAAAAUUAGGUGUGGCUGUUGGCAUAACGAUCUCAGCUUUGUGCAUCUUGUGUUGUGUAUGUUGCAUUAUAUUUCGAAGACGUUGCAUGAAAAGAGAUGCUAUAAGAAGGACUAGGUUGACGACGUCUAAUAAUUAUUACGCAUCCGAGGUCGCAUAUUCUGGUGCUCCAUUGCACAUGCGUCCUGAUUCGUGUGCUACCGAAACACAUGAAAUGCAGCAGUUGGUGAUGAGUGACGGAAAUACUCACAUACCGCCUAUAGAAACUACACAUUUAGAUACUAAGGGUGGCAUUGGAUUUCCGAACGGACAAUUAAAUGGAAAUUUAAAGAAUAUGCAGAUGAACGGUCAUGUGGCCAAUGGAAACAUUCACAUUACAGAAAACCCUCGCUACGACUACCACUCCUGCAAUGGCAACCAAAACUCCAAGAAAAUAAAAAGGGACUGCAUAUUACCUCAAUUAUCUUGUCUUCAAGAAAACGCCAUCGAUAAUAUCCAAGAAUUACAGGAUGGAUGCUUGGACUAUAGCCCUAACAAGCCGACAUCUAAUCACAGUCUUCCUUUGCACACCGAAAAUAGCAAACUUCCUCACAAGGUUUUUGACGUAUCCGAUUACAACUCGAAUUGCAAUUCGGAAUUUGUCCAUAUAUACGGCACUAAAGAUUUAGACAAAGAAGUUGAUUUAAACCAUACACAAAUGACUUAUUUAGACGAAUCGUUUUCCGCAUUGCCAAAUCGAAUCGUCUCACCCGCAUUAGCACCAAACGGUUGAUAAAUAAUCUUUUUAAAUACAACGAAUAGUUAAUAGAUUAAAACUCUUAAUUUGCAUAAAGUACCAAGAACUACAGGCCUGAAAAUCUGUUUAAUCCAAUUGCAGCUAAUGCUUGACAAAUACACCACAAGUACAAGUACAAUAGGUUAAAUUAAGAAAAUAUUUAUGAAAGUUACUCUGCAGUAUUGAACCUCUUUGAUGAUGUGCACGUACAUACCUCCUCACAUUCCAUUAGAAAAAAAUAUACAGGGUAUUUUAUAUAAUCACUAGAGAAAUAUUUCAUUAUACGGAUCUACUCACAAUUGAUGUGCCUUGAUAGUUUUGUGUAUUAUAAACAGAACUAAACUUAUACUACUAAACAACGAGGAAAGGUUAAAGGUAUGAAAUGCCCUGUAUAUCUGAACGGCAUAUUCAAGCGAAAGUUAACUAAAAAACGCUUACAUAAGCUAAUGCUAAACUAUUCACUAACUGUCGGUCACACCAGUGGAAGUUCGUAAUUAAAUCUACAGCAAACUGGCUGGUAUUUUGCUGUAAUAUGACAGUACUGAUUACUUAUUUUCCUUAGUCGGCAUGUGCGCCUUGAAUACAAGGAGGAAUUUUGAUAUGGAUAAUCAUCGUAGAUAUUAAGGCAAACUAAAUAGAAAAAAAAAUACUUCACUAUCAAUAUUCUCAUGUAAUUGUUGAACCUUAACUAAUUUACUGCAGUUUUGCUCCACUCAGGUGUAAUAAAAACGUUGCAGUUAUCCAGGGUAGAUUAAAAAAGAGUUGAAAAUUUGAUUUCAAAACAUUCUUCAUGGAUGAAAACUUUAUUCUGGGAGAUUUUUAUCUCUGCCAGAUCAUGACGGUAAUGGUUGAAUUAACUCAUAAAAAAUCAUUUAAAAAAAACAAAUCACUAAUAGUGAAAGAUUUCUCUCAUAUAUAAGAAUGAGUGAAUGAUGUUUGAUUUACUACUUUGACCGACUGAGGUAGUUUUUCUAAAUAGAUGGCAAUUAAUAAACACAGUGUGAAACAGCUAACAGCUGAAGACAAACGACACUUUUUUUUAGAAUAAUGAUUGUAUGUAUAAUUAUGCUAUACCAUAGAAAUCCGACAGGAUAGGUUUUACUAUCUUGUCAAAACAGUGGCGAUGUCUAAAGUCAUUUGCUCAAUUUAGAGUUUUUUAUAUUUACAAGGGAGGGUACCAAGGUAUCAAAUUAAUUUCAGCUACAGGUUAAAAUAUUGGGUGGAGGAAUUAGUGAAUACCACCGACAAACACUUUUAAACGUUUUACGAAGGCUCUUCACAGAUUUUGUAUAUAUUUAUCAAGUAUUCUUAAGAGAUAAAGACAUUUAGAACUCUUUCAGAAGUUUCAGAGAUUCAAAAGAAAAUUAUGACUAAUAGUCAUUUGCACCGACAAAUUUAAGCCGAGCUUGGCUUAAGCAUAACUUAAAAUCCAUGGCAACGAGUAUUGCGACAAUGGUUGCUAUGGAUUUUAAGCUAAGCUCCACUUAGAUUUGUCUGUGCAAACGUUAAUUUUUUUUUACUCGACUAUCGUGAGAAAAUCACGGCACAGACAGAAUGUGGCUUUGGAACACUUUAGCCAUUAGGGCCAUGGUUAAAUUCAAUCAAUUUCUUGGAUACCUAACAGUUGUUGUUAAAUAAAAUUAAUUCUUGCAAUAACUAUUCCAUAACAAUUUUUAAUAUAUAGUGAGCUGGCAGUUGAAAUUUUUUUAUGGGGCAUCAGGUUAUUUUCGCGAGUCCUAACGUUCCCUUGAAGAAUAUUUUAAUUCGUUGUAGCGUCUUGUAGGUUUUACAUUUAACGCUGUAAAUUUUGACUUGUCCUAUAUUACAUUUAUGUGAUCUAUUGGAAAUAAAAUAAAACUUAACGUAACAUACCUUACAGAAGUUUGACACAUACCUUACCGAAGUAAGGGCUAAUGGGCAUACAAAUUUGAGCAAAUACCAAUCCAGCAAGCUUACGUAAGCGUUUUGGUUCCAUCAUGACUAUCUUACAAACUUGGACAAAUUUUAAUCCAAAUUUUGUUCAUUAUGUGACAUAUUACACUUUAAGUAAUAGUACUGAGAGAAAAGGGAAAAUUGACACUACCGCCUUAAUUAAAUUCGAGUGCACAUUCAGCUUAACUUGUUCAAUAAAAACCAUAGUGUUCUUCCUUUUUUUU